ACCUAUCAGGACCAGUUGCUACGGUUCGGGCGGCGGUGGCCGCGAUGCGGGGGGAGGGGGGAAGAGGGCAUCUCCCUCGGAACGCGAGCAACAAAUGGCAGCGGCGGGCGGCAGCCGGGCUGCAGGACAGCGGCGGUGCCUGCUGCGCCCAGGCAUGCUUCUAAGAAGCGUAUUGACCAUGAGGAAGCCCGUGUGCUAGUAACCAGUUUUUACUAAUCCUGCCGAAGAAAAUGAAGCCACGUUUCAGCUUUGCCGAUCCUUUUCCCACCCUGGCGGCUGAAUGAGAAAUGGUCGUGUGAUUAUGCUGACAGCCCAGCAUGCAUUUGGUAGACCUGUGGUUAACUCGUUCCCUCUCCAUGUGUCUGCUCUUACAAAGUUUUGUCCUCAUGAUACUGUGCUUUCAUUCUGCCAGUAUGUGCCCAAAAGGCUGCCUCUGUUCCCACUCCGGAGGUCUGAAUGUCAGCUGUAGCAAUGCAAACCUCAAGGAAAUACCCAGAGAUCUUCCUCCAGAAACAGUCUUACUUUACUUGGACUCCAAUCAGAUAACAUCUAUCCCCAACGAAAUUUUUAAGGACCUGCACCAAUUGAGAGUCCUCAAUUUAUCAAAAAAUGGGAUUGAGUUUAUCGAUGAACAUGCCUUUAAAGGGGUGGCAGAAACCUUGCAGACUCUGGAUUUGUCCGACAACCGGAUUAAAAGCGUGCACAAAAACGCAUUCAACAACCUGAAGGCCAGGGCCAGAAUUGCCAACAACCCCUGGCACUGUGACUGCACGCUGCAGCAGGUGCUGCGGAGCAUGGCCUCCAACCACGAGACGGCCAACAACGUCAUCUGCAAGACCUCUGUGCUGGACGAGCACGCGGGGAGACCCUUCCUCAACGCUGCCAACGACGCCGACCUCUGCAACCUGCCUAAAAAGACUACUGACUACGCCAUGCUGGUCACCAUGUUUGGCUGGUUCACCAUGGUGAUCUCCUACGUGGUUUAUUACGUCCGACAGAACCAGGAGGAUGCAAGGAGGCACCUUGAGUACUUGAAAUCCCUGCCAAGCAGGCAAAAGAAACCAGAUGAAGCUGAUGACAUUAGCACUGUGGUAUAGUAUUCUGAAUAAAAUGACUGCCUUUGUGGUGGAAACUAGAGUUGGAUGAUGCUAAAACCAGAGGUUUACUUCUAACGUUCAUUGUAAACAUUAAGACUUUUGGGGCUUUUUUUUUCCUGUUUAACUGAAUUAUGCCACUGUUGAGCUUUCUAACAGAAAGUUUUGUCUGGGUGGUAAACUUCAAUUAUUUCUCUGGUGGUAUCCUAAAGCAAGCAAAUUAAUAUGUAAACAUUAGUUUAGACCCAUUCCACUAUUUAAUAACGAAAUUUAUUUUUUUAAUUUAAAAAUCAAAUAAAAGCUUAAAUUUGAACCAUGUAAA